GUCGAGACAACGGGAAUCCUUUGUCGGGGGUGCCAGCGGCUCUUGAACGGCAUCUUUCAACAACACACCACUCUCUGGGGGUUUUCAAUUUUAUUGCUCGUUAUUUGGGCAGCAUGGAGGGUAAUUCGAUUCACCCUUACACCGAAGUGGCACCCCGAGGAGCCGCCAGAGGUGCCAUAUCUCAUACCAGGUCAGUGCCGUUCAACUAUUCACAUUAGCACUCAUCUUGCUAAUUCGCAUUCCACAGGCCUUGGUGGGUGUCAAUAUAUCUUUACCCCGAGUUUCAGGCUUAUUCUAACCUACCAGGUCACACCAUUCCCUUUUUCAAACACUACUAUACUUUUCUUGCGCGAGCAAGGAGCAAAGUUUUAUGUCAUUUCUGACGCCAAGCAUGCCGCAGAAGUUGAUAAAAACGCAAGUACUCUGUCAUUUGAGGAGUUUGUCUUGGACUUUCUACGGAACACAGGGCUCAGUGAAUCUGCCACUCAAGCAUGCUACUUCCAGAAGCUUGCCAAUGGGGCUGUAGAUUUCCCAAAUGCAGCUGAGGAUCCGAUCGGAUUGUUGAUCCAUCAGAUGCAUAUGCAUGAGCUGUACCCAGGCGAGAAACAGAAGGCCCUGGUAGCACGCUUUCUGCAUUAUUUCAAUCGUGACUUACGCAUUGAUCAAAUCAGAGCAGCAGGAUCACCCAAAGAUGAUCACACUGGCGUAAAGGGGGCCAAUGUCUCGCUGUACAAGUGGUGUGCCCACUUCUUCACUCGUGCUGGUGGCUAUGCCUACUUUGGCGACGAUCUCUCGCGGAUUGAUCCUGACUUUGCAGAUGUGUUCUAUACGUUUGAUGAGCUCAGCUGGCAUAUAAACUAUCGGAUUCCAAAACCAUUUUCCAAGGAUAUGAGAGCCGCCACGAAUCAUCUACACCGAAGCUUGAAGAAGUACAUCAUGGCUCCCAAGAGUGAAAGAAGCGAGCAGACAUGGUUACUUCAAGGUGCCGAGGCGGGGCUCCGGGCGAUGGGAGUGCAAGAGGACGAUAUCGCCACUCUCUUUCUCACCAUGUAUAUGACGACCACAUUUUGGAUGCUAGCCUUCCUCCUCCAUAACCCAUCGCUUAUUGAAACGAUCCGUCAAGAGACGGCACAGGCCUUUGAAGGGAGCGAACUAGUCAAUCACGAGCAACUUGUCAACCAUAGUCUCUGCCCCCACCUUGAGGCUGUCUGGCUUGAGACUCUUCGACUGAUUUCAAACGGAUCAGCAGUCCGCUGCGUCAACGAAGAUACCGUUGUAGGCGACAUGUUAUUUCGAAAAGGAAACAAGGUCAUCAUCCCGUAUAGGCUCCUCCACAUGAACGAGAAUGCAUAUAAACAGGAUCCAGAGCAGUUUAUACCGAAUCGACUUUUGGAGAAGGAGAAUCGCACACGAGGGGGAUAUUGGAGACCUUUUGGAGGUGGCAAAACUCUUUGCACAGGUCGUUUUGUUGCUGAGCAGUCUAUCAAAGCAUGCAUAUGCACUGUUCUACACCGCUUUGAUCUUGAAAUCAUUGGCGGUGCGCCUCUUCCGGAAGGUGAUGUUGGCACUCCGGGGUUAGGGAUCAUGGGGAUCAAGGCCGGAGAGGACUUCUCAGUUAAGAUUUUAGAAAGAGGU